ACUUUCAACAUUUCUGCAAAGCUAGAGAAGGUAUCUUCUAAUUUAAAUUUCUUUAAGAAUUAUCUAUUGUGUAAUAUACUGUCAACAGGAGGUCAGUUUUAAAGGAAUACUACUGAUAGCCUGAAAGACUGUGGAAAAGAAAUUCUUUUUUUCCCUUACACACUGAUAGUUCAUAUAUUUGCAUUCCUGCAAUUAUUAUAUUAAAAAAACAUUGGACUAGCAGCAAGAGAGCUGAAAAUGGCAGAAGUUGGGAAUGACUGCUAUUUCUUUUUUAAUUCCACAUGCAUAAAGGGUUCCCAGUGCCGAUUCCGACACUGUGAAGAAGCCCUUGGCAGUGACACUGUGUGCUCAUUAUGGAGAGAGGGAAAAUGCUUAGAUCCACUUUGCAGAUUUAGACACAUGGAAAUGCAGCAAAACUGCAGCAUUUCUUGCUUCUGGGAAACUCAACCUCUUGGUUGUGUGAAGAUCAGUUGUAUCUUUUAUCACAGCAAACCUCGAAAUAUCAAUGGACUAUUUUUGCCACCAAGUAACAAUAUCACACUACAGAAAGAAACUCAGGAAGGAAUUCCACCCUCAGCCCAGAGUCAGGAGCCUCUGAAACCUCAGGAGAAUAUAUCACGACCCAUUCACCAUCCCUUAGUUUUAAAAACUAACUUUGAGGAAGAAGAGGAAGGAGAUGAACAAAAUGAUGCUUCUAGUUUAUGGACAAAAACUCCUGAAGAAAUUGAAGAAAAAAGAGCAAUAAAGGAGAUGUGUCAUAAAUCUGGCGAAUACUACAGAAUUCAUACUCCUCCAGAUAUUUCAUCAUCUAAAAGCAUAGCCUCAUCAGUGGAAAAAGAGUUAGAAAAGCCUUUGGAAAAUGGAAGUGAAUUACAAGAAGGGGAUGGACUGACAGUUCCAACAAAAUUUAGCCUAUUUGAAAGGCAAGGUGAGAUAAAAGCAUCAUUGGAUAGGAAACCAAGGACUGACAUUGCUGCUUUUGAAAACGGAGGAGGAGAUUGCUAUGUUCCCCAGAGGAUCAUAUUCCUUGGAAUACAUGAGAAUGAAGCUUUAACUGAAGAGAAAGAAAUCACCAUGUCAAAAUGUUCAAAUGCUAAAGUGAAUAAUGUCCAGCCAGUGAGGAAGCCUCAUUUUAAAGGUGUGAAAAAAAGAAAGUGGAUUUAUGAUGAACCAAAGAACUUUCCUGGCCCAGGAAUGCGGAGAGCAGUACAGGCCCCAAAUCCCAAAAAUAAAAUGAGUUACCAUCGCAAUAAUAAGAACAGAAAUCCCGAGAAUGCGUCCUAUAUCCAUGUUCAGAGAGAUGCUAUCAGGACUGUCUCACUGAAUGCACCUCCCCGCAGCAGGCCUACACAAGGGUCCUACAAUGAAGUCGAUGUUAGCAAGGAACCAAAAUUCAACCUCUGUUCAGGUAAGGCUCUUUGCUUAUAUAGUUUACUCCUGUCUGUGGUUUGCAUUCCCAUGGACUUUGCUGAUGACCCAACUAAUCUUCACUGCUACCCACCCCCUUAUGUUUUUUGUCCAGGCCAUCACCACCAUAACAUUUUAGAAAACUGGUAGGAGGAUUUCUUCCAUGUGCAGGAGUGUACAUGAUUUAAAGGAUAUUGGAGAAAACAUGUUGGGUGCAGAUGACGUGACACUGAACCUCCCUAGAGUUUUGUCUCAGAGCACUGCACUUUGUUUGCCCUGGAUAGCUUUAUUUCACUCUUAGGGAUUGUUUUCAAGUGGUUGACAUUUUUUUGUGCCACUAACUGCACUGUUCAAUUAUCACUUUCAGCCUAGUGCCUUGGUUUUUCUUUAGGCCUUCAUGAUUACUUUCUGAACGGAUUAGUUUGGGGGUUAACUGCAAUAUUUUUGACAACCUCUCAUCUCUCCCACCCAUGCCCAGAUUGCUUCUAAAUCAUUUCAUCAUGUAAUAGGCAAAGUCAUGGUUUAUGUCAUGAAGUACAAGGCCACAAGGAAGGAGGGAAUCAAAUUUCUUUUUUUUUUUUUCUUGUCUCAGAUGAAUUUUCCUCUUUCAAAUUUCGGUUUCAGUUUUCUCAACUUAACAAAAGGUCACUCAAUUCCCUGUAAUUUCAUAUUUGUAUUUUCCUGUGUUCACCAUCUAGUUAGUGGUCUGAAUGAUGUAUACUUUCUAGAACCUAAGUAAAAACUCGAUGCCUCUCU